ACAGGUGACACAGUAUCACUCGGAAGGGCGUUUAGUUUCAACCUUUGAGUUUAUCUUAACUCAGCUUUUCGAGGGCCUAGCAAAUACACAACUUCCUAAAUGUUCUCAUAACGUAAUAUUAAACCGGGUAGGCUAUUUAAAAAAAAUUACAUAUAGGCUGUAUUAUACUUUGUAGUAUUUUAAAACAGAUAUGUGGACCUUCAUCUUUGUGUGUCUCUCAAUCUCAGUCACAGGUCUGCACGGCGCAUUUACAGUUACUGUUAAUCCCUCGGUGAAAGUGAAAGAGAAUGAGGGAGUUGACUUGAAAUGUUCAUACACCGCUGACUUUGGUGCAUCUCCCAGAAUAGAAUGGAAGUUCAAGGAUCUCAAGGGCUCUCAAGUAUUAAUCUACUUUGAUAACAAGCCAACUGCUCAGUAUGAAGGCCGUAUCGCUAUGGUUGAAGGAGGACUGAGAUUUAACAAGGUGACGCGAGCAGAUACUGGAGACUAUGACUGUGAGGUGUCUGGCAAUUCUGGAUAUGAUGAGAAGACCAUCAAGCUUACAGUCCUUGUGCCUCCUUCCAAGCCUGUGUCCAGAAUUCCUUCAUCAGUCACAACAGGAAGUAACGUCCGCCUGACAUGCUAUGAUGCAGAUGGUUCCCCUCCAUCCACAUAUAGGUGGUACAAAGACAACACUUCCCUCCCUGAAGAUCCAAGCAAGUUUCCCAGUUUUAAGAACCUCACCUACAAGAUGAACGUCGUCAAUGGUAACCUGGAGUUCCCGAGCAUAUCUAAACUGGAUACUGGUUCAUAUUUCUGUGAGGCCAGUAAUGGAGAAGGUGCACCUCAGUGUGGAGAUACAGUGAACAUGGAAGUCCAUGAUGAGGACAACUGCCAAACACCAGCUGUAAGCAGCAGCUUGAGCACUGAGAACAAGGAUGUCCCAAGCAAGACCACAUUGAACCACAUGCUUGAAAAACAGUAUGGUGUAUUCUUGUUGCAAGAGGUGAAACUAAAACUAGAGAUACAAAAACUAGAAUUAGAAAUAACCAAGUUAAAGUUAGAGAUACAAAAACUUGGACAGGAACCUUAAAGUCUGUGUAAAGCAAUAUUAAAUAUGGGUCACACCACAAA